CUGGUUGACGCGGACGUCAAAGUGUUCUAAAACCUUGGAAUGACACAAGGAAGACAAACUGACCAAUGACAAAGCAUUUGACCUUCUAUCUUUGCAACGAAAACAGGAAAUGACAAAGGGAAUCCUUUUAAGAACAGAGUCCAGCCGAUUUCAACAUUUUGAAUAUGGAAAUCUCAAGCUGUCAACAAAACUAUUUUCACUCGUCCAAACCCUAAAUAGAAACUUUGAGACUCUUUCAACAUGGGUUUACAACUUUCCCUCCUAAAAAAUGGCCUAAAACCCUCACCACCCAACCCCUUCAUCCUUGUCUAUAUAAACCCUCUUCCCCCUCAAUGACAAAUUGUCAAUCUCCUAACCCCAAUCUACAACCAUCAAAAUGGAAGGAGGAGCUAGAAUGAUCGUGACAAUCUUUAUUGUGUGCUCGAUAUUUCUUCCUCUAGCUUCGGCUAAGCUUGUGCCCAAAGGGCUCCGCGUAGGGUUCUACGAGAAUUCAUGCCCACAAGCUGAGCAGAUCAUAGCUGAGGUUGUCUCUGAAGCCUACAAAAAAGAUCCUGGAGUUGCUGCUGGUUUUCUUCGCAUUUUCUUCCAUGAUUGCUUUGUCAAUGGCUGCGAUGCCUCAAUUUUGCUGGAUUCCACCCCUUCUGGGGAAAAAGUAGAGAAAGACUCACCGGCCAACGGCAAAUUCCUAAGAGGCCUUGAAGUCAUCGACACAGCCAAAGCAAGGCUAGAAAGUGAAUGCCCUGGAAUUGUAUCCUGCGCUGACACCCUGUCCUUUGCAACCCGAGACGGUUCCAUACUAGCCGGGGUCCCACAAUACAACAUGCCGGGAGGCCGCCGUGAUGGCCUUGUUUCCCGUGCCGCAGAUGUCGUCAGCAACGUGCCGUUCGUCAAUGCACCAAUUCAACAAAUCACAGAACUCUUUGUCAGGAAAGGCUUGACCCAAGAAGAAAUGGUUGUUCUUACUGGAGCCCACUCAAUCGGCGUUGCACAUUGCCCGAAUUUUGCUUACAGAGUGAACAAAUACAAUGACACUUUCCAAACAGACCCUAAGUUGGACGACGCGGAUUCAGCUAAUAUCAAGUCUGCAUGCCAAAGACAGGUGAGCAAUGAGGAUAUAGAGAAGACUACUUUGCCGUUUGACACCCAAACACCAUUCAAGAUGGACGGUGGUUUCUACACGAACCUGUUGAAAGGGACAGGGUUGAUUGAGUCCGAUCAGGCAAUGGCUUUGGACCCCAGGACAAGACCCAUUGUACAGAGAUUGGCUGAAGACCAAGGAAAAUGGUUGAAUCAGUUUGGUAGGGCAAUGAGUCGGUUGGCGAUAGUGGAUGUGAAAACCGGAAGUGAAGGAGAAAUUCGAAAACAAUGUCGAUCAGUGAAUUUAGAAAACAAAGGAAACACUGGCAUUGCUCAAAAUUUAGGCAAAACCAACAACGAUGAAGAUCCUGGCAAAUUAGACGAAGUUGAAGAUUCAGGAAAAUCUGACAAUGCUGAAGAUGCAAGCCGCACUUUUGAUUCAGGCAUCAAUUCCGAUUCAAGAAAUACCGCUGGCUUAGGCGACAGUUCCGAUAAAACUCAACAUUUUCCAAGCAACUCUAUUGAUUCGCUACACGACUUUAUGAGGACUAUGCCUUAGGGCUUUUCUUGGGCAACAAAAGGAAUGCUGGUUUGGAUGUGGCUAAUCAGCUUCUUCCUUUCUUGUCUCUUUCGAUGUCGUUUGAAUUCGAUUGUUAUUUUUUCAUUUUUCCAACUAAUAGUUGAUCCUGUCCAUGUGACAACAAUGGAAAGAACACAAUUAAAUGAUCACUGAAUAUUUGAUGGGACAUUACAUGCUGAACAAUGUUGUUUUUAUGAAUGAA